AUGGUGGACCCCGGGACAGGAAUUGCCAUCGCUCAGAUCGCCUUCUUCGCGGCCUGCAAGGCAGUCGACGCCUUUGGCACUGCCCUCCACUACUUUGACGAUGCCGAAGCCCUCACCGUGGCCCUCGAGAUUGAGCGUCUGAGGCUUCAGGCCUGGGGCGCCAACUCGGGUUUGGCUGAGGGUACCCUGGCGCCUCACCUUAGCCUCGCGAGCGAGGUCCUUCUUCGAGAGCUUCAGGUCAUUUCUCGCAUGUUUGAAGACGCGGACAAGGUUCGAGAACGAUACGGCGUCAAGAUCGAGGGCGAGGAAUCUACCUCGAAAGCCGUGUCGAGCUUCGUGGCUCGCAUGCGAAAGUCACUACGGUCUAGCGGGGUUAAACUCUACGGAGGAACACCCUUAGCAGUAGACACUGCAGAGCCGGAAGAUUCGGAAACCGCCAGAAAGAACAGCGGCAUCUCUCGCAGCAUGUCUAGUCGUGUACGAUGGGCUAUCAGAGACAAAGAUCAGCUCAAGAAGCUCGUCACUGGCCUUCGCGACGAGAUUGAUCUCUUAAACAAGCUCUUGACCGAAACGCAAAGGAGAAGCUUCGUCAACGACUACGAGCGCAUCCAUGUCGUUGUUGUCGGUAGCGCGGUAGACGACAAGUCUCUAGCCAUGAUCAGAGAAGCAGUUGACAUGGAUCGAGAUGGAGAUACUCUGGCCAAGAUUGAUCGAAAGUCCCUCGCAAACAACGAAGAUCGGUCGUUACGAGCAAACGUCUCACAGGUUGCCAUGAAGUCUUUACGGCUAGCACAAUAUGAUAUCCCAUCAGACUUUGCAACGCAAAACCGCUUCUUGGCAGCAAGAAAGGACGAUCCCAUCAUGCUAUGUCUGUUUGAACGCAAGUCAUUUGAACCAGACUUGGACCACAGCUCAAAGAUGAUGCUCUGGAGUCGGGUUCAGAGACUCAUCUCGCUAUUGGCCCUGCCUCCAUCGUCUGGCUUCAAGGUCCCACAGGCGAUUGGCUAUAUUCACGACCCAGAGCACUACUGCUGGUGGCUUGUCUUUCAAUUUCCCCAAAUGUCUAGACAAGCUCCAGGGGAUUUUUCAAAACCACUAUCUUUGUACAAUCUACUACAGCCAGAGUAUAAACCUCGACCACCUCUGGAGAAGCGCUUCAGGUUAGCAAGCGAUAUCUCAUCAACCUUCCAUCAGCUCUACAGCAGUAGCUGGAUGCACAAGAGUAUCCGCAGCGACAAUAUUCUGUUCCCUUAUCAAAACUCAGAGGGUCCUAGCCCUGGUCAGUUGGCUUCACCUAUUGUCUGUGGCUUCGAGUAUUCAAGGCUGGAAACAGAGGCCCAGACUAUCGACCGUUCCAAGGCCAAUAGCAACCCUGCAGUUGCCAUGUACCGUCACCCUGAUUACCAAGGUGAAGCAGCACAGGGGUACAAGGUCCAGUAUGAUAUAUACAGCUUAGGACUUGUCCUGUUGGAAAUUGGUAUCUGGGCGCCGCUCACAAGUCUGUUUGAUUCUAAACGUGGGAAAACAUCUAGCAGCCGGUCCUCCUUAUCAACAGACGUGAAACACUUCCACAGCCCCGAAGCAAAAAUUCUGAGGGAAAGAGUUAGAUCGACCGUUGAUAAAGACCUACCGUUCCGGAUGGGGUCAAGCUACGCGGCCUUGACACGUUGGUGUGUUGACUACAGCGAGCAAUCCUCGGAGACGAUGGAUGAGCCGCCGAAUCAUGCACUGGAAUUUUACAAUCGGGUAGUUGAGCCUCUAUAUAGUCUUAGUCUUGGAUAUUCCGAAGCAGGCGAUUGA